AUGCUUACUACCCGUGACAACCUGGUACCGAUCGAGCAUGUCCAGUUGAUUGGACACGAGGCUCUCUCUGAACUGAUGCAGGCACAGAGGCUGGCUGGAGUACUACGAGCUUAUGAGCCCCAACUGCGAAUCAUCGAGGGUCUGGUUCGAAGCACAGGACCUAUCUGCAUGCCUAUUCGAGCAUUGGUGUUGGCACACGGUCUUAGUGAAUAUCGUCGCAUCGUGAAGGCUCUAAUCUUACAGUGGCUCCGUCUGUUCAGCCAAAUGUGCAAUAAAAGGUUCAUUAGAGCAUGA